GGAGCGGGGCCGCCAUGUUGGCUCCGGGGGCGGUGGGACGGGUGCUGAGCCGGGCCCUGAGCCUGAGCCAUGGCCCGGGCUCGGUGCCCCGUCCCCAUCAGAACCUUCUGGAACGUUCCGUCCCCCCGCAGGGCUCGGUGGUGGUGGAGCGCGUGUGGCCGGUGCCGCUGGGCCGGGCGGGAGCCGCUCCCCGGCUGCACCCGCGGCGGCACCGCGUCUACCGAGUGCUGCGCGACGGCAAACACCGGCCCCGGGGCGACAUGGAGCUGCUGCUGAGCCGGGCCGUGCAGGACCUGGGCGGCCGUGGGGACGUGGUGAGCGUGAGCAAGAGCCUGGGCAGGAACAAACUGCUGCCCCAGGGCCUGGCCGUGUACCCAUCCCCGCAGAACCUGCGCCUCUUCCAGCACGAGAAGCAGCUGGCUCAGCAGGGGAAGCUGGACGAGCCCCAAACCCAGAGCGGGCAGAAGACCCUGGAGUUCCUGCGGCGCUGCCGGCUCCAGGUGGGGAUGAAGAACAACGUGAGCUGGGAGCUCACCCCCGACAUCGUGGCGCGCCACUUCCUCAAAAACCUCGGGGUGUUCGUGCCCCCCCACGCCCUGCGGCUGCCGCCGGAGCCCAUCACACGCUGGGGACACUUCUGGUGUGACGUCACGGUGAACGGCGUGGACACGGUGCGGGUGCCCAUGGACGUGGUGCAGUUCCUGCACCCCAAAACCAAACGCUUCCGGCACUGGCAGCAGCAGCAGCAGCAGCAGCUGGAGAGCAGCAGGGAGAGGCUCCUCUGACCCCCCCACCAGGAGAUUUGGGGUCCCCUGGAAAGAUUUGGGGUCCCCUGGAAGGAUUUGGGGCCAUUCCCCCCCUCUUUGGGAUCCCCUCACUCUAUGGAACUCCCAGACAUUGCCCAAUUCCCAGAGCAGCAGCUCAGGAACCCCCAAAUCCCCCUGAACCCCACUCUGGUCCAGGGGGGUCCCCGGGUGGAUUUGGGGUCCCCAAGGUGGAUUUGGGGUUCCCAGAGUGGAUUUGGGGUCCCCAAGGUGGAUUUGGGGCCGUUUCCCCUCUUUGGGAUCCCCCCUCACCUCUGUGGAACUCUUGGACAUCUCUGAGUUCCCCGAGCAGAUUUUGGGGGUUUUUUGAGCCCCCAAAUCCCUCUGAGCCCCACUCUGGUCCAGGGGGGUCCCUGGGGUGGAUUUGGGGUCACCAGGAUGGAUUUGGGGGGGUUCCCCCCUUUGGGAACCUCUGGGAGUUCCUGGAGCAGGAAUCCCCCCAAAAAGGGGGGGUCACGAUUUUUUGGGGCACCCCAGGAUUUUUUGGGGGGUCCCAAAGUUUUGUGGGGUCUCAGGGAUUUUGGGGGGGGAUCUGGGAGUUUUUGGGAGUUGUAGGAUUUGGGGAAGAAAAGGGCAAAAUUUCCCCCCCCUCCCCCAAAAUAAAAGGGAAUUUUGGGAUCCGAA